AUGGAGGAGUUUUUACUCUGCUUCUCCCGUUUUGUUAGCUUACGUGGAAAACCGAAGGUCGUUUACAGCGACAAUGGAACUAACUUUGUUGCCGCCGAGCAGAAGUUACGGCAAGCGUUGGAAGAACUCAUCAGUAAACACCAAGAGCUCCAGACGUUAAUGGCUUGCCAACAAAUUGAGUGGCACUUUUCUCCUCCCCAUGGACCUCACUUUGGUGGCGUUUGGGAAAGAAUCGUACAGUCUUGCAAACGGGCAAUGAAAACCAGCAUUGGUAAUUGCCUAGUUACGGACCAAGUGCUACGAACCGUAAUCGCUGAAGUGGCAGCCUUGUUAAACGCCCGGCCGUUAACUCAUCUGAGUAUGGAUCCAGAAGACCCGGAUCCAUUAACGCCCAAUCACUUCCUACAUGGUGGACCUCGCCCAUACGUGCCCCUGAAAUUGGCCGACGUGGAAGAUCUGAACGUAACCAACAAGCAGUUCCAGCAAAGUCAAGCUAUACUCCAACAUUUUUGGAAAAGAUGGCUACGUGAAUACGUUCCACACCUAACAGAAAGGAGAAAAUGGCAAGAAAAUAGGCCAAACGUCACCGUGGGAGACCUAGUACUUGCAGUUGAACCAAAUACUUUGCGUGGGCAGUGGAAGAUGGGCAAAGUGUUGGAAGUUAUCCCCAAUGCUACGGAUAAUGUUGUUCGAGUCGUAAAAGUCAAGCUCAGCAACCAUCCAAAAUCAUGUAUGCGGCCGGUGGCCAAAUUGUGUAUCAUGGUACCAGUCAAAGAACAACAAAUUUACGCAAAAGAAGAAAAAAUGGAACCUUCAACAGCGUAA